AGAGAAGGGGGGGCGCUUGAUCACUUCAUCCAUCAUUCGUUCAUCUUCCUCAUCGUAAAAGUAACGGCUGUGAUUUACAUCGGUAGCUUUGAGUGCAAUCUAUGGCCCCACUUCUCUGAGGAACUAAAUUCUUCAUAUCUCUCUUUCUUCAAAAUGGCUUCUAAUAACCAGAACAGGCCUCCAUUAUACAAUAACAUAACAAAACCCAGCGCUUCCUCCAAUAAGAAGUGCAAUGGUGAUGAGGUGAGUAACUUGAGUUGGGAUAAAGAAGAGAAUUUUGGAGAAAAAAUGGUUGGGACGGCAAAUAACGGGAGGCUCCGGCAAGCGUUUUCAGUGGUAAAUGGGGUCCAAGAUCUUGGUCCGAAUAGCAACCCGGCUAGCAUUGCGGGGUCUGAAUGUGGUGCUAUUGAGUUUACAAGAGAGGAUGUUCAAGCUUUGUUGAAUGAGAAAAUGAAAUACAAGAACAAGUAUAAUUACAAGGAGAGAUGUGAGAAUAUGAUGGAGUAUAUUAAGAGGCUUAGGCUUUGCAUUAGAUGGUUUCAAGAGCUGGAGGGAGACUAUGCAUUUGAGCUUGAGAGGUUAAGGAAUGAAUUGGAAUUGAAUGAACAAAAAUGCGCAGAGUUGGAGCUGGCAAAGACAAACAAAGAGGAGGAAUUGAAUUUGAUAAUUGUGGAGUUGAGAAAGAAUUUUGCUUCUUUAGAAGAGAAACUUGCAAAAGAAGAAUCAGACAAGUUGGCUGCAGUGGAUUCCCUUGCAAGAGAGAAAGAGACUAGAGCUAAUAUCGAGAGAUCACAUGCCUCUCUCUCAGAAGACCUCGGGAAAGUUCAAGAGGAGCUUCAGAGUGCUAAUCAGAGGAUAUUGUCAGUUAGUGAUAUGUACAAGCUAUUACAGGAGUAUAACUCAAGCUUGCAGCAUUACAAUACUAAACUCCAAAAAGAUAUUGAUGCAGCUCAUGAAAAUAUUAAGCGUGGAGAGAAAGAGAAAGCUGCUAUAGUGGAGAACCUCAGCACCUUAAGGGGUCAAUAUAAAUCAUUGCAAGAGCAACUUUCUUCAUGUAAAGUUUCUCAAGAUGAGGCUAUGAAACAAAAAGAUGCUCUGGUGCAUGAAGUUGCUUGUCUUAAGGUGGAGCUCCAACAGGUCAGAGAUGAUCGUGAUCGCCAACUUUCACAAGUGCAAGCUUUAACAGCUGAAGUAGAUAGAUAUAAGGAGUUGGCAACAAAUUCAAGCGAAUUAGAGACAAGAUGUCUUUCACAAAGUAACCAGAUAAGGAUAUUGUCGGAUCAGCUAGCUGCUGCAGAGAAUAAAUUGCAGAUGUCUGACUUAUCUGCAUUGGAGACGAAAACUGAAUUUGAAGGGCAACGAAAGCUCAUAAGUGAGUUACAAAAUCGGUUGGAAGAUGCCGAAUGUAAACUUAUUGAAGGAGAGAAGCUACGCAAAAAAUUACAUAAUACCAUCUUGGAACUUAAAGGGAACAUCCGUGUAUUUUGUAGAGUGCGACCUUUUUUGCCUGAUGAUAGUUGCAGCAUUGAGGGCAGAGUAAUAUCAUAUCCUACAUCUACUGAAGUCCUUGGAAGGGGCAUUGAUAUUAUGCAAAAUGGACAAAAACAUGCUUUCACCUUUGAUAGAGUAUUUAUGCCUGAUGCACCUCAAGAAGAUGUCUUUGUUGAGAUUUCUCAACUUGUUCAAAGUGCUCUUGAUGGUUAUAAGGUUUGCAUUUUUGCAUAUGGCCAAACAGGUUCAGGUAAAACCUACACCAUGAUGGGCAAACCUGGACAAAAAGGUCUAAUACCACGCUCACUUGAACAAAUAUUUCAAACUAGGCAAUCUCUUCAACCUCAAGGCUGGAAAUAUGAGAUGCAAGUUUCAAUGUUAGAAAUAUACAAUGAAACAAUCCGUGACCUGUUAAAUCGAGAUGUAACACGGACAGAAAAUGGUGCUGCUGGAAAACAAUAUGCCAUUAAGCAUGACGCAAACGGAAACACACAUGUUUCUGACCUUACCGUUGUGGAUGUCUGCAGUGCUAAGGAGGUUUCAUAUCUUUUAGAUCGGGCUGCACAUAGCAGGUCUGUAGGCAAGACCCAGAUGAAUGAGCAAUCUUCAAGAAGCCAUUUUGUUUUCACAUUGCGGAUAUCUGGUGUUAAUGAGAGUACUGAACAACAAGUACAAGGUGUGUUGAAUCUAAUCGAUCUUGCUGGGAGUGAACGUCUUUCUAAGAGUGGAUCGACUGGGGAUCGACUGAAAGAAACUCAAGCAAUUAAUAGAAGCUUGUCAUCAUUAAGCGAUGUGAUAUUUUCCUUGGCAAAAAAGGAGGACCAUGUACCAUUUAGGAACUCAAAGCUCACUUAUCUGCUUCAGCCUUGUCUGGGAGGGGACUCGAAGACAUUGAUGUUUGUAAAUAUCUCUCCCGAGCCUUCCUCAGUGGGUGAGUCACUAUGUUCACUCCGGUUUGCUUCCAGGGUUAAUGCUUGUGAGAUUGGAACUCCUCGACGCCAAACUAACACGCGGUCUUCAGAGUCUCGCUUGAGCUACGGCUAAUCUCUGAUAUAACACAAUCCUGAAGGAUUAUCUUCUUUCUAUUUGUGGCUAUAUGUAUAUCUAUGUCUCUAGUAACAAUGAACCAAGAGUUUAUUGUGAUUCUAACAUGAGCUGCUUGUAAUUUGUAUAGAAAAGAAAUCUUUUAUUUUAUAUCAUUAAAGAGACUAUCCUCUCAGUGUAUUACUACUGAUAUUGAUCCA